AUCCCUCCCCGGAUGCCCAUAAGCACUCCUGUGUGUGACUUCAGGGGGUGUUGUUACACUCCUUUACACUCCGUCCUCUCCUCUCACACAUGCUGCUGCUGCUGGUAACAAAGGAGACAACAACAGAGGGAUGGUGUGUGUGCGCUCAGACAACAAGCUUGUCACAGACACAAGAAGUUAAACUGAACCGGUUUUAUUUUUUAAAUUUGAACCAACGGUUAAUUUAACGACCGUUAUGUUCAAACCUCCGCGAGACGACCAGUUAAGUUUAAAGUAACGUAGCUGCUGCGUCCCGGGGCCGAUUUCAACCUGAAGCCUGGAGAUAAAUAUGUUGGACUGCCAACACUACAGACAUGUCUGAAUAACAACGGUGAUGAUGAGAUUCUCACAUUGACCCUUGCCUUCAAGGCCUGACCUCUGAUUGGUCAGGGCUGAGAGUGAAACACGCCAUAAAAGAAGAAUCCAGCUACCAUGUCUGUUCAGGAAGCACCCCAACGGGCCACAUCGCCUUUGCCCCUCAAACCUGAGGCCAAACCGAGACCGGAGAUCCCUCCAAAACCGUCAGCACAAUCCAACUCCCCUCCCCUGGCACACUCGAGCAGCAAUACAAGUCUUUCCGAAGGGAAGGUGAAGAGGAUUGUGAACCAGUUUAGCAAACAGGAAUCUGAGCAGAGCGAGCCGGGGGAACAACUCACUAAUGGCACUGCAGAAGUCAAGCCGUUGAAACGGUUCAAACGGCCGCCUACGGUAAAACCUAAACCGGGCCGUGCAAGUCUGCCGCUUAAGCUGGGGAGAGAGCAGGCGCCUCCACUGCCUGCGAAGAGGAGCCGAAAGCCCAAAGAGAGAGGAGGAGAGGAGGGGGACAGCGUCAGCUUGGAAGGAGGUCGAUCAGCGCCCGAUGGAAAAGAGGUGGAGACUCAGCCGAUUGGAGGAGCUGAAGCGGAGGCGGAGCAUAGUCCGUACGCGCCUCUCGGCCCCAGCUGCGAGCCGAACUGCGGCUGCGUGUGCCACAUCCAGUGGCCUGGCAUGAAACUGAUAUGGGUGCCUGUGGAUGAAGACGGCGGGGAGGAGGAGGGCGAAGCUGGAGGCGAGGAUGAGACUGAUGAAGAGCAGAGGGUGGAGGAUGGGGAGGAUGAAGAGGUAGGGAUAGGUGAGGAAGGGGACAGCGAGGCAGGGGAUGAGGGGGACAGGACUUCUGUGGUUGAUGAGAGUGAAGUGAAGCAAAAUAAGAAUAAGUUCCACCAAAAUUUGGACGUUUUGAUCGCAGAGGGUCACCGGAGACGUUCGGACCCCGGCCCUCACUCUGUUCUCGCGCUCGCUGUCACCCGCUCUCAUUCUCCCCCUGUUCCCCCGAAACAGUCUCAGUCAGCACAAAUCCACCACCCCCCCGCCCAAAACGAGGAAGAAGAAAACAUUUAUGAGGAUACGCUUUUUGUGGUCGAGCCCAAAAAGGCUGCGCCUGUGUGUAAGGAGCUGGAUAUUCCUCUGAUCAAGGUGCGCAAACCAGCCCGUCGGUCUAAACUGUCCUACAGCACCUCAGACCCAACAUCAGAGUUUCAGGCUGGCGCAGAGCCCACCCCGAGCCCAGACGAAGUGCCGCCUGCCAUCCCGCCGAGGAUGCCCGUGCCUCAGGACAGUCGCAGCCUCACUCCAGUGCAUCGUGCCGGUGUUCCUCUCCCGCAGCCCACAGUGGAGGAGUGGCGCAACUUGCGUCCAUCUUCCCCAAACAGCUCUACUGGCAGCGGGCUGAGCCCCCAACGGGCUAUCACUCCACCCCCAGCCAGCCCUCACAGACCUCCACCUCCACCGCCAAAGGCAGAUCCCAGGAGGCUCAGCAGCGCCUCACUGCAGUCCAUCACGUCGAGGAAAGAUGCAGAGGAGAAUGGAGGGUAUGAAGGAGAGAAAGAGGACACAGUGGAAGAACCGCCGGUCAGGAGAGGCUCCCUCAAGAGGGAGUCUUCGUUCAGCUGGGAGUCCCGGCUGCAGGAUGAGCCUCUGUACCAAACAUACCGCGCCACCGUCAUCACCAAGGAGAUCCGGCGUCAGACAGUUUGCCGCAACAUCAGUAAAACUAGUGCCGACUACGCUAUGGACUGGACAGCACGUCGCUCUGGGACUGGGACUGGGGCUGCAACUGGAAACGGAGGACCCAGGGGAAGCCCCGUGCCCACUCCGGGCCAGAGCACCCUGUGGCAGGACCUCCCAAAUGUACGGGACAGCGGAGUGCUGGAGCAGCUCACGCCUGAGCAGUGCAAGUACCAGGAGAGUAUGUUUGAAGUUUUGACAUCUGAGGCCUCUUACCUUCGAUCGCUGCGAGUUCUGACCGAACACUUCCUGAACAACCGGGACCUGGACGAGACGCUGAUCAUCAGAGACAAAAAGACCCUCUUCUCCAACAUCCUGAGGGUCCGGGAGGUCAGCGAGAGGUUCUUGAAAGACCUGGAGGACCGCAUAUUUGAGGAUUUGGUCUUCCCUGACAUCUGUGGCAUAAUCCACUACCACGCCCAGCACAACUUCCCCGCCUACAUCGACUACGUCCGCAACCAGAUCUACCAGGACAAGACCUUCACCUUGCUCAUGAAGAACAACACACAGUUUGCUGCGGUCAUCACUCGUCUCCAAGAGUCGCCUCAAUGCCAGCGGCUGCCCUUCAUGUCCUUCUUGCUGCUGCCCUUCCAACGAAUAACGCGCAUCAAAAUGCUCAUCGAGAACAUCCUGAAGAGAACAAAGGAGAGGACAAACGAGGAGGAGACGGCCUCCAAGGCUUUGGCUUCUGUCUCAAAGAUCAUUGACGAGUGUAACACACAGGUGGGAAAGAUGAGACAGAUGGAGGAGUUAAUUCAUGUCUCCCAAACACUGGAGUUUGACAAGCUCAAGGCCAUCCCGAUCAUCUCCCAGACACGAUACUUGGAGAAGAAGGGAGAGCUGCAGGAAAUGUCUAAAGGAGGAACGCUCUUCAACAUGAGGGCAAAGUUCACCCCAGUCUACCUCUUCCUCUUCAACGAUCUGUUCGUCAUCACCGUCAAGAAAGGCGCAGAGCGUUUUGUGGUACUCGACCAUGCCCAUCGCUCUCUGGUGCAGGUGCAGGCGAUAGAUGAAAGCGGGAACAGCGGCGGCCCCUACGAACACUGCUUCAACCUCACCCUGCUGGAAAACCACCAGGGACGCAUGAUGGAGAGGCUGUUGAAAGCUCCGUCACAAUCAGACAUGCACAGGUGGAUGGCGGCUUUCCCCAACCCCACCAAGCCUGACGGAGAUGAGGAUGAAGUGAUUUAUGAGGACUGGGAUUGUCCUCAGGUGCAGUGCGUGGAGCAGUACGUCGCCCAGCAGGCAGACGAGCUCGCCCUGGAGCCCACCGAGAUCGUCAACGUCAUCCGUAAAACCAACGAGGGAUUUUAUGAAGGCAUCCGCCUGUCGGACGGUCAGAAGGGCUGGUUCCCCGUGGGAAACGUCAUAGAGAUCACCAACGAGCACGUGAGGCGGCGAAACCUCCGAGAGCGCUACAGAGUCAUGCAGGCUGCGAGCAUGGUCACCAACAGCAAGCCCAGCACCUUACAUUGAAGAUCGACGGAUUGUGGAUGUUUACAUUUUUAAAAAAAGGACGAUAACUUUUAUAGACUCUGUACAUCAGUUUCUAACAACCAGGAUAUGAAAGAUAAAAAGGAGAAGAGUGGCCGGUCAUGAAACAAACCUGCAAUCAUCACCUUAUUUAUACUAUUUCACUACUCGAGGCAGAUCAUUUACUGCUGACGCUGAAAAGAAACUUUGCGAACGUGCAUGAGCGCAGCAUCUCCUCGUCAGCCCUUACCCUCCACGUGCUCGGCGAGGAAACCGCAGGUUUGAAAUGCCAGUCAUUCUCUAGCGCUAGUGCUCGACCAGUUUGUAGACAUGUCAUGCCCGCUGCGACGAGAAGAGCUGGAUGUUUCUGUAAAUGCUCAGUCUCAUUCCUGCCUUGCACAACAACCUGUCGUGUCACCACGGGAUAUGACUUUGAGGCGUGAGGAAUUUUUCUCACCGCACGAACAAGAAAACUGAUUCGGGAAGUG